CCUUGUGAUAAACUGGUAGAGUUGCUGUAAUCUCGUUUUCAGCAGCCUCGUCCGCAGCUGUAUCCUUCCCAGUUUUUCUGGUAACCUUGAGUUGCAAAACAUGAGUAGCAGGAAGUGGAAAGAGGAGCAGAUUGAAAUGACAAGUAACACCCAGAAUAUAAGGACCUAGAUUCAAGAAAACGGCUCCAUUUCACCGGGAAGCCGUCAGUAUAUUAAUAGUUCAGACCGCCGACUUUCAAAUAUACAUGAUCAAGAUUAAAGUACCUGCAUUCAAAGACAGUCGACAAAAAAAUAAUUAAAUUAAAAUAAAUAAAUAAAAAUACCGCAACUUGCAGUUUGAUUCAGUGACAUAAACAAAACACUACGCCAUGUCAACAGAUGAAAUGGUUGUGUUUUUUCAAGACCAUGCGACAGGAAUCGCUGCUGCGGCGGUUGCAGGAAUGAGUCUGCUUGCACUGCGGAAGUGGUUUGCUGGGGGAGUUUGCAGGAGCAAGGCGAGGCUGGACGGGAAGACGGUUUUAAUCACCGGUGCCAACAUAGGGAUUGGCAAGGAGACUGCACAGGACCUGGCACAAAGGGGGGCGCGGGUCAUCAUGGCGUGCAGAGAUAUGGACAAGGCCAGCGAGGCAGCAGAGGAGAUCAGACAGAAGACUGGCAACGGUAACGUGGUCAUCAAGAAGCUGGACCUGGCCUCCCUGGAGUCCGUACGGCAUCUCGCUGAGGAAAUCCAGCAAGGGGAGGAACGGCUGGACCUUCUCAUCAACAAUGCGGGGAUUAUGAUGUGUCCAAAGUGGAAGACGGAGGAUGGCUUUGAGAUGCAGUUUGGUGUCAAUCACCUAGGUCACUUCCUGUUGACCAACUCCCUCCUCGAUCUGCUGAAGAAGUCUUCUCCCAGCCGCGUGGUCAACGUGUCCAGCUUAGCUCAUGAGAAAGGCCAGAUUCACUUUGAUGAUAUUAACCUGGAUAAAGACUACGACCCUUACAAGAGCUACAGGCAGAGCAAGCUGGCUAACGUCCUCUUCACCAGGGAACUCGCUCGCAGAUUGCAAGGUACAGGGGUGACUGCUAAUAGCCUGCACCCAGGAGUGGUGCGCACCGCACUCGGGAGACACAUAAUGCCUACCAUAGCUGUAUGGAGAAGGAUUAUAUUCGCCCCAUUUAUCCUGCUUUUGUUUAAGUCUCCAUGGCAGGGAGCUCAGACCACAAUCCACUGCGCCGUGGCUGAAGAGCUGGAGCACACCAGCGGUUUGUACUUCAGUGACUGUGCUCCCAAGAAAGUCGCCUCUCAAGCUACAGAUGAUGAAGCAGCCAGAAGACUGUGGGAGCUGAGUGCCCAGAUGGUGGGCCUGAAGCAGUGAUGAUUACAUCCUUUUGCAGCUUUCAGUAUUUAGGAUGGGGAGGUUGGGGGGGGGAGCUAUUAGCAAAGCAGCAUAGUUUCGAACUUUCAGAAAACAAAUUGAAUAAAAAAAAACUUUGAAAAGGUGACGAGCAAAUGACGUGAAAUGAUACUAAAGUGUACAAAUGGAAUAAUCAGACUGGCCAGCCUUCCUAUAUUGCAUCUUUUUCAAAGGCAAUGCAGGUGUCAUUCUGGGACUUCUGUAUUGCAUAGCGAUCAUAAUCAUCCACUAUCAAUCACUCAGUGGCACCGAGUUAAGAAAUACUAAGAGAAACACAAAUUCAAAUGUUUUGUCUGGAAGCCUUAUUUAGUUUCCAUUAGUAUUUCUUAAAGGCUUACACAUUUAGCAGUGUGUAUACUGCACAGUUGGAUCUGUGCUAUUGCUGUGUAGUUAAUAAAUGGUCCGGUUGACUGGAAGGACCUGGAACUUUCAAUAAUAUACAUGUAACUUUUAAAGUGCCUUUUUACUAUAGAACUUUUGUUUUCCUAAUUUCAGAUUUUAAACAUUAAUAUCAGUUGAAGAAUAAAAUAAACAUUUGUUGUAUGGUU